AUGGACUGGAAGACGUUAGAGGCCCUGCUUAGCGGGGUCAAUAAAUAUUCCACCGCUUUCGGACGCAUCUGGCUCUCCGUGGUCUUCGUGUUUCGCGUCAUGGUCUUCGUCGUGGCCGCAGAACGCGUCUGGAUAGACGAUCAGAAAGACUUUGACUGUAACACCCGCCAACCCGGCUGCGCCAACGCCUGUUACGACCACUUCUUCCCCAUCUCCCACACCCGGCUCUGGGCACUCCAGCUCAUCUUCGUCACCUGUCCCGCCUUCAUGGUCGUGAUGCACGUGGCGUACCGCGAGGAACGCGAGCGCAAGUACCGCAUUAGACACGGUGAGAACGCCCAUCUCUACGACAACACAGGACAGAAGCACGGAGGACUCUGGUGGACAUAUCUCCUCAGCCUCUUCUUCAAGACGACCAUCGAGGUGGCGUUCCUCUACCUCCUGCAUCUCAUCUACAACAACUUUGACCUGCCGCGACGCGUCAGGUGCGACCUCUGGCCUUGCCCUAACCAGGUGGAUUGCUACAUCGGCCGGCCCACAGAGAAGAGGGUGUUUACCUACUUCAUGGUGGGAGCGUCGGCUGUGUGUUUAGUGCUCAACGUGUGUGAGAUCUUUUACCUGAUAGCCAUCCGGGUGCUGAGGAUCAGCCACCGGGGAAGCCUCCAUACUUCCCCCCUGAAGAGCUGCGAUGGGUGUCAGGCCCCAGAGGCAACAGCAGACUACCAGAAGUACAACGAGGCCAAUUUGGCCAUGGAGAAGAAGAGAACAUCUAUCUUUUGA